AGCCGAGCGCACCGCCCAGGCAGCAGCCGGCCGCCGGGGUCUGAGCGGCGCGGUGCGGCCCAGCCCGCUCCGGGAGCGCAGCCCUCGCCCCGCUCCGGGCCCGCCCUGCUUCCCACGCCGCCCUGCCGAGCCAGCGCGGGAGCCACCUGGAGCCACCUAGAGCCGCCGCCGCCGCAGGUUGAUGCGCGGCGCCCUCCCGGGACGCGCGGGGGAGCCAUCUUGAAACCAACUUAGCAAACUUUCGCAAAGUGCUCUCGAAGUGGAAGCUGCGGGGGAGACCGGGAGCCCGGCCUCCGGUGUCCCCGCCAGGGCCCCCGGGGAGGCGGGGCGCGAGCCGCCCCGAGGGCCCGGCACAGGCCGCGCGGGAGCCGCCCCCCGGCCGCGCCGGGUGGAUGCGGAGCCGCGCCGGGUGCAUGGAUUGUGCUCGGGCGCCCGGCUCGGGCUCGGGCUCCGGGCCAUGGCGCCGCCGCCGCCGCCGCCUGUGCUGCCCGCGCUACUGCUCCUGGCUGCGGUCGCCGCCCUACCGGUGUUGGGGCUUCGAGCGGCCGCCUGGGAGCUGCGAGUGCCCGGCGGGGCCCGCGCCUUCGCCCUCGGGCCCGGCUGGACCUAUGCGCUGGACGCGGCGCGCACGCCCCGGGCGCUGCGGGAGCUGCUGGACGUGAGCCGCGACGGGCGGCUGGCGGCGCGGCGGCGCGGGCCGGGCGCGGGGCUCCGGAGCUGCGCGCGCCUGGGGGGACGCCCGCUGCCGCUGCAUGUCCGCCUGGCUGCCCGUAGCGCCCAGACGGCGCUGAGCCUCCGCCUGCGGGCACGCGCGCACGGUCCCGGUUGCAGCGCCCGGCCCCGGGGCGGACGGGCUCCCGGCGCGGAGCUGCGCGCGCGGGCUGUGCUCACGGUGCCUGACCCCGGCGCGGUGCUCUGCUUCCCCGGCCCCGGCGGCGGCGGGGCCACGCUGCACUCGGCGCUCGCGGCCCUGACCACGUUCCCCGCCUGCAGCUGCCCGCCGCGCGCCGGGUCCCGUUGCCCACGUCGUCCUGUCUGCCUGCCGCCUGGUGGCUCGGCCCGCCUGCGCCUGCUCUGUGCCCUGCGGCGCGCGGCCGGCACCAUCCGGGUGGAGCUGGCGCUGGAGGCGGCCUCGGGGACACCCUCCCCAUCGCUGUCGCCGCCAAGCCUGCCUCAGGUCGGGGCGGGGGCGGCGCGGCGGGCCCGGCGGGGUGCUGGCGGCAGCACUACCCCGCAGUUCCAGCUGCCGAGCUACCAGGUGUCGGUGCCCGAGAACGAGCCGGCGGGCACCGUGGUCAUCGAGCUGCGCGCGCACGACCCGGACGAGGGCGAGGCGGGGCGCCUGAGCUACCAGAUGGAGGCGCUGUUCGAUGAGCGCUCCAAUGGCUACUUCCUCAUCGACUCCGACACGGGCUUGGUGAGCACCGCCCGCGCGCUGGACCGCGAGACCAAGGACACGCACGUACUCAAAGUGAGCGCUGUGGACCACGGCUCGCCACGGCGCUCGGCCGCCACCUACCUCACCGUCACAGUCAGCGACACCAACGACCACAGUCCGGUCUUCGAGCAGUCUGAGUACCGCGAGCGAGUGCGCGAGAACCUGGAGGUGGGCUACGAGGUUCUGACCAUCCGCGCUACCGACGGCGACGCGCCCUCCAACGCCAAUAUGCGCUACCGGCUGCUGGAGGGCGCGGGUGGUGUCUUCGAGAUCGACGAGCGCUCGGGCGUAGUGCGCACGCGGGCGGUGGUGGACCGGGAGGAAGAGGCCUCCUACCAGCUGCUGGUGGAGGCCAACGACCAGGGCCGCAACCCGGGCCCGCUCAGUGCCACUGCCACCGUGCACAUCGUGGUGGAGGACGAGAACGACAACUACCCCCAGUUCAGCGAGAAGCGCUACGUGGUCCAGGUGCCCGAGGACGUGGCGGUCAACACGCCCGUGCUGCGCGUGCAGGCCACGGAUCGGGACCAGGGCCAGAACGCGGCCAUACACUACAGCAUCAUCAGCGGCAACCUGAAGGGGCAGUUCUACCUGCACUCGCUGAGCGGCAGCCUGGAUGUGAUCAACCCGCUGGACUUCGAGGCCAUCCGCGAGUACACGCUGCGCAUCAAGGCCCAGGACGGGGGCCGGCCGCCACUCAUCAACUCCUCGGGGCUGGUCUCGGUGCAGGUGCUGGACGUGAACGACAACGCCCCCAUAUUUGUGAGCAGCCCUUUUCAGGCGGCCGUGCUGGAGAACGUGCCUCUGGGCCACUCGGUUCUGCACAUCCAGGCAGUGGACGCGGACGCGGGUGAGAACGCGCGUCUGCGCUACCGCCUGGUGGACACCGCCUCGGCCUCCGUGGGCGGUGGCGGUGCUGGGCCCCAAGACCCCGCUUCGGCCGCGGACUUCCCUUUCCACAUCCACAACAGCUCGGGCUGGAUCACCGUGUGCGCGGAGCUGGACCGCGAGGAGGUGGAGCAGUAUAGCUUCGGGGUGGAGGCGGUGGACCACGGUUCGCCGCCCAUGAGCUCCUCCGCCAGCGUGUCCAUCACGGUGCUAGACGUAAACGACAACGACCCCACGUUCACGCAGCCCGUGUACGAGCUGCGUUUGAACGAGGACGCAGCCGUGGGGAGCAGCGUGCUGACCCUGCGGGCCCUCGACCGGGAUGCUAAUAGUGUGAUCACCUACCAGCUCACCGGCGGCAACACGCGGAACCGCUUCGCGCUCAGCAGCCAGAGCGGCGGUGGCCUCAUCACGCUGGCGCUGCCGCUCGACUACAAGCAGGAACGGCAGUACGUGCUGGCGGUGACCGCCUCCGACGGCAUGCGCGCGCACACCGCGCAGGUCUUCAUCAACGUCACCGACGCCAACACCCACCGGCCGGUCUUCCAGAGCUCGCACUACACCGUGAGCGUCAGCGAGGAGCGGCCCGUGGGCACCUCCAUCGCCACCAUCAGCGCCACCGACGAGGACACCGGCGAGAACGCCCGCAUCACCUACGUGCUGGAGGAUCCGGUGCCGCAGUUCCGAAUCGACCCCGACACCGGCACCAUCUACACCAUGACAGAGCUGGAUUACGAGGACCAGGCCGCCUACACGCUGGCCAUCACAGCCCGGGACAACGGUAUCCCUCAGAAGUCCGACACCACCUCCCUGGAGAUCCUCGUCCUGGACGCCAAUGACAACGCACCGCGGUUCCUGCGGGAUUUUUACCAGGGCUCCGUCUUCGAGGAUGCUCCCCCGUCAACCAGCGUCCUCCAGGUCUCGGCCACGGAUCGGGACUCAGGCCCCAAUGGCCGCCUGCUGUACACCUUCCAGGGCGGGGACGAUGGCGACGGGGACUUCUACAUUGAGCCCACAUCUGGCGUGAUCCGCACCCAGCGCCGGCUGGACCGGGAGAACGUGGCCGUGUACGAUCUUCGUGCCCUGGCCGUGGACCGGGGUAGCCCGGUGCCCCUUAGCGCCUCGGUGGAAAUCCAGGUGACCGUCUUGGACAUUAAUGACAACCCUCCGGUGUUUGAGAGGGACGAGCUGGAGCUGUUUGUGGAGGAGAACAGCCCGGUGGGGUCCGUGGUGGCGAGGAUUCAAGCUAGUGACCCCGACGAAGGCCCCAACGCCCAGAUCAUGUACCAGAUUGUGGAAGGCAACGUGCCUGAGGUCUUCCAGCUUGAUCUGCUGAGUGGGGACCUACGUGCCCUGGUCGAGCUGGACUUUGAGGUCCGGCGGGAGUACGUGCUCGUGGUGCAGGCCACGUCGGCCCCCCUGGUGAGCCGGGCCACGGUGCACAUCCGCCUUCUGGACCAGAACGACAACCCGCCGGUGCUGCCGGACUUCCAGAUCCUCUUCAACAACUAUGUCACCAAUAAGUCCAAUAGCUUCCCCACUGGUGUGAUUGGCCGCAUCCCGGCCCACGACCCUGACCUCUCGGACAGCCUCAACUACACCUUCCUGCAGGGCAACGAGCUGCAGCUGCUGCUGCUGGACCCCGCCACGGGCGAGCUGCAGCUCAGCCACGACCUGAACAGCAACCGGCCGCUGGAGGCGCUCAUGGAGGUGUCUGUUUCCGACGGCAUCCACAGCGUGGCGGCGCUCUGCACCCUGCGGGUCACCGUCAUCACGGACGACAUGCUGACCAACAGCAUCACCGUCCGCCUGGAGAACAUGUCGCAGGAGAAGUUCCUGUCCCCACUGCUGUCCCGCUUCGUGGAAGGGGUGGCCACGGUGCUGUCCACCACCAAGGACGCCGUCUUCGUCUUCAACAUCCAGAACGACACGGACGUCAGCUCCAACAUCCUGAACGUGACCUUCUCGGCCUUGCUCCCCGGAGGCGUCCGGGACAAGUUCUUCCCAUCGGAGGACCUACAGGAGCAGAUCUACCUGAACCGGACGCUGCUGACGGCCGUGUCCACCCAGCGCGUCCUGCCCUUCGACGACAACAUCUGUCUGCGGGAGCCGUGCGAGAACUACAUGAAGUGCGUGUCGGUGCUCAAGUUCGACAGCUCGGCCCCCUUCAUCAGCUCCCCAACCGUGCUCUUCCGGCCCAUCCAUCCCGUCAACGGGCUGCGCUGCCGCUGCCCACCCGGCUUCACCGGCGACUAUUGCGAGACUGAGAUUGACCUGUGCUACUCCAGCCCCUGCGGUGCCCACGGCCGGUGUCGCAGCCGGGAGGGCGGCUACACCUGCGAGUGUCAGGAGGACUUCACAGGUGAGCACUGCGAGGUGAACGCACGCUCCGGCCGCUGCACCAACGGCGUGUGCAAGAACGGGGGCACCUGCGUGAACCUGCUGAUCGGCGGCUUCCACUGCGUGUGCCCCCCCGGCGAGUUCGAGAGGCCCUACUGCGAAGUGACCACCAGGAGCUUCCCGCCGCAGUCCUUCGUCACCUUCCGCGGCCUGAGGCAACGCUUCCACUUCACCGUGGCCCUCGCGUUUGCCACCCAGGAGAGGAACGCCCUGCUGCUGUAUAAUGGCCGCUUCAACGAGAAGCACGACUUCAUCGCCCUGGAGAUCGUGGAUGAGCAGGUGCAGCUCACCUUCUCGGCAGGUGAGACCACGACGAUGGUGGCGCCGCACGUUCCUGGGGGCGUGAGUGACGGGCGGUGGCACUCGGUGCAGGUGCAGUAUUACAACAAGCCCAACAUCGGCCGCCUGGGCCUGCCCCACGGGCCGUCUGGAGAGAAGGUGGCCGUGGUGACCGUGGACGACUGUGACACGGCCGUGGCCGUGCGCUUUGGCAGCUUCGUUGGGAACUACAGCUGUGCCGCUCAGGGCACUCAGAGUGGCUCUAAAAAGUCCCUGGAUCUGACAGGCCCCCUGCUCCUGGGGGGCGUCCCCAACCUGCCCGAAGACUUCCCGGUGCAGAACCGGCAGUUUGUGGGCUGCAUGCGGAACCUGUCCAUCGACGGCAGGAACGUGGACAUGGCCGGCUUCAUCGCCAACAAUGGCACUAGGGCAGGCUGCGCUGCUCAGAGGAACUUCUGCGAUGGGACCUGGUGUCAGAACGGGGGCACCUGUGUCAGCGGCUGGAACACGUACCUGUGUGAGUGCCCGCUCCGCUUCGGCGGGAAGAACUGCGAGCAAGUCAUGCCCCACCCCCAGCGCUUCAGCGGGGAGAGCGUCGUGUCCUGGAGCGACCUGGACAUCACCAUCUCCGUGCCCUGGUACCUGGGGCUCAUGUUCCGGACCAGGAAGGAGGACGGCGUGCUGAUGGAGGCCACGGCGGGCAUGUCUUCCAAGCUCCAUCUCCAGAUCCUGAACAACUACAUCCAGUUUGAGGUGUCCCACGGCCCCUCGGAUGUGGUGUCCAUGAGACUGUCCCGGUCACGCGUGACUGACGGGGAGUGGCACCACCUGUUGAUAGAACUGAAGAGCGCCAAGGAGGGCAAAGACAUCAAGUACCUGGCAGUCAUGACCUUGGACUAUGGUGUGGACCAGGACACGGUGCAGAUCGGGAACCAGCUUCCUGGGUUGAGGAUGAGAAGCCUCAUCGUGGGUGGCGUGUCUGAAGACAAGGUCUCGGUGCGCCGCGGUUUCCGGGGCUGCAUGCAGGGUGUGAGAAUGGGGGAGACGGCCACCAAUAUCGCCACGCUGAACAUGAACGAUGCCCUCAAGGUCAGGGUGAAGGACGGCUGUGAUGUGGAGGACCCCUGCUCCUCCAGCCCCUGCCCUCAGCACAGCCACUGCCACGACACCUGGGACGGCUACUCCUGCAUCUGCGACAGAGGGUAUUUUGGAAGGAAGUGUGUGGACGCGUGUCAUGUGAACCCCUGCAAGCACGUAGCAGCCUGCGUGCACAGCCCCGACUCCCCGCGGGGCUACGUGUGUGAGUGUGGGUCCGGCCACUACGGGCAGUACUGCGAGAACAGGAUCGACCUUCCGUGCCCCAGAGGCUGGUGGGGGAACCCUGUGUGCGGGCCUUGCCACUGUGCUGUCAGCAAAGGCUUCGACCCUGACUGCAACAAGACCAACGGGCAGUGCCAGUGCAAGGAGAAUUACUACAGGCCCCCGGGGCAGGACACCUGCCUGCCGUGUGAUUGCUUCCCGCAUGGCUCCCACAGCCGCGCGUGCGACAUGGACACUGGCCAGUGCAGCUGCAAGCCCGGCGUCAUUGGCCGCCAGUGCAACCGCUGCGACAACCCUUUCGCCGAGGUCACCGUCCUCGGCUGCGAAGUGAUCUACAACGGCUGUCCCAGAGCGUUUGAGGCUGGCAUCUGGUGGCCGCAGACCAAGUUCGGGCAGCCGGCCGCAGUGCCGUGCCCUAAAGGGUCUGUGGGAAACGCGGUCCGGCACUGCAGCGGGGAGAAGGGCUGGCUGCCCCCAGAGCUCUUUAACUGCACCACCGUCUCCUUCGUGGAGCUCAAAGCCAUGAACGAGAAGCUGAGCCGGAACGCGACGCGGAUGGACGGUGACCGGUCCCUGUGGCUGGCCCAGGCGCUGCGCAACGCCACGCGGCACACGGACCCACUCUUCGGCAACGACGUGCGGACGGCCUACCAGCUGCUGGGCCGCGUCCUGCUGCAUGAGAGCAGCCAGCAGGGCUUCGAGCUGGCGGCCACGCGGGACGCCGACUUCCACGAGGACGUCGUCCAGGCGGGCAGCGCCCUCCUGGCCCCGGGCACCAGGGCCGCGUGGGAGCAGAUCCAGCGGAGCGAGGGGGGCACCGCGCAGCUGCUGAGGCGCUUCGAGGCCUAUUUCAGCAACGUGGCCCGAAACCUGCGGAGGACCUACCUGCGGCCCUUUGUCAUCGUCACCCCCAACAUGAUUCUCGCCGUCGACGUCUUCGACAAACUGAACUUCACGGGAGCCCGGGUGCCGCGGUUCGAGCACCUGCGGGGCGAGGUCCCCAAAGACCUGGAGUCCUCGGUCUUCUUCUCGGAGGACUUCUUCAGACCACCCGAGAGGAAAGAGGGCCCCACGGUGAGGCCGGCCGGUCGCAGGGCCGCCCCACAGACGGCACGCCCGCAGCCCAGCGCCGAGAUGGAGGCCCCAUUCAGGAGGCAGAAGAGACACCCCGAGGAGCCUGGCCAGUUCGCCAUCGCCCUGGUCAUCAUCUACCGGACCCUGGGGCAGCUCCUGCCCGAGCACUAUGACCCGGACCGCCGCAGCCUCAGGCUGCCUAACCGGCCCGUCAUCAACACGCCCGUGGUGAGCGCGGUGGUGUACAGCGAGGGGGCCCCGCUGCCCAGCCCCCUGGAGAGGCCCGUCCUGGUGGAGCACACCCUCCUGGAGACCGAGGAGCGCAGCAAGCCGGUCUGCGUGUUCUGGAACCACUCCAUCACCCUCGGUGGGACUGGAGGCUGGUCGGCCAAGGGCUGUGAGCUGCUGUCCCGAAACCGGACCCACGUCACCUGCCGGUGCAGCCACGUGACCAGCUCGGCCGUGCUCAUGGACGUCUCCCGGCGUGAGCACGGAGAGGUCCUGCCCCUGAAGAUCGUCACCUACGCUGCCGUGUCCUUGUCGCUGGCCGCCCUGCUGGUGGCCUUCGUGCUCCUGGCGCUGGCGCAGACGCUCCGCUCCAACCUGCACGGCAUCCACAAGAACCUCAUCGGGGCGCUUUUCUUCUCCCAGCUGGUCUUCGUGAUCGGGAUCGCGCAGACGGAAAACCCGUUCCUGUGCACGGUGACCGCCAUCCUCCUGCACUACACGUACAUGAGCACCUUCGCCUGGACCUUCGUGGAGAGCCUGCACGUCUACCGCAUGCUGACCGAGCUGCGCAACAUCGACGCCGGGCCCAUGAGGUUCUACUACGUCGUGGGCUGGGGCAUCCCAGCCAUUGUCACAGGACUUGCGGUGGGCCUGGACCCCCAGGGCUACGGAAACCCGGACUUCUGCUGGCUGUCCCUUCGUGACACCCUGAUCUGGAGCUUUGCGGGGCCCAUCGGAACCGUGAUAGUCGUCAACACAGUCAUUUUUGUCCUGUCUGCAAAGGUUUCCUGCCAAAGGAAGCACCAUUAUUAUGAAAGAAAACGGGUCGUCUCCCUCGUGAGGACGGCCGCCUUCCUGCUGCUGCUCAUCGGCGCCACCUGGCUUCUGGGGCUGCUGGCAGUGAACAGCGACGCCCUCACCUUCCGCUACCUCUUCGCCGUCUUCAGCUGCUUACAGGGCCUCGCCGUCCUCUUGCUCCACUGCGUGUUCAACAGAGAGGUCCGGAAACACCUGAAGGGCGUGCUCGCCGGCAAGAAGCCAUACCCCGACGACUCAGCCACCACGAGGGCCACCCUGCUGACGCGCUCCCUCAACUGCAACAACACGUACGGCGAGGAGCCCGACGUGUUCCGCACGGCCCUGGGCGAGUCCACCGCCUCGCUGGACAGCACCAUCAGGGACAAAGGGGGCCAGAAGCUCAGCGCGUCCUCUGGGCCGGUGCGGGGCGGCCACGGGGAGCCAGACGCGUCCUUUGUCCCCAGGAGCACCAAGAAGCCCCACGGCCACGACUCGGACUCGGACAGCGAGCUGUCCCUGGAUGAGCAGAGCAGCUCUUACGCCUCCUCUCACUCCUCCGACAGCGAGGACGACGGGGUCGUGGCUGAGGACAGAUGGGACCCGGCCCAGGGCCCCGUGCACAGCACCCCCAAAGCGGACGCCGCGGCCAACCACGUCCCAGCCAGCUGGCCUGACGAGAGCCUGGCCGGGAGCGACAGUGAGGAGCCGGGGGAGCAGCCCCGCCUGAAGGUGGAGACCAGGGUCAGCGUGGAGCUGCACCUGGACGAGCAGGGCAACCACUGCAGCGAGCGCAGCCUGGCCCGGGAGAGCGGGGGCCCCAGGCCCGCGGCCGCGCCGCCCAGCCAGCCCCCCGAGCAGAGGAAAGGCAUCUUGAAAAACAAAGUCACCUACCCGCCGCCACUGACGGAAAAGAUGCUGAAGUCGCGGCUGCGAGAGAAGCUGACUGAGCGUGAGCAGAGCCCCGCGUCCUCGCGGCCGUCCUCCCUGGCCUCCAGCGACGGCGUCCGCGCCCCCGACAGCACCAUCCCCGCCAAGACGCUGCACCGGGAGCCAGGGCGCGAGCACCUCAACGGGGUGGCCAUGAACGUGCGGGCCGGGAGCGCCCAGGCCCACGGCUCCGGCUCCGAAGGCAGUAACGAAACUUCACUUUGAACCAUCAGGAAACCGUGAGACAAGCCCAUCACCUCCGCCCAGGCCUCUGCUGUGUCGUUGUGCUCCUGGACCUUGGAGCCCGAGGGGCCCCUGCCCUGUCAGUGAAGCAGGCCCUGGUGGCAGGGGCCCCAUGGGGCUGCAGUGGUAGCCCCGUGACUGGCAUGACGGAAGGUCCAGACACAAAGCCCUGAGCUGCCCCGGAGGCUCAGGGCCCCUUAGACCCAUGACAAGUGCCAAAGGCCACAGGUACGGGAGGCGUGGACUCCCGGGCCGGCACAGCUCAACCCGCGGACUGCGGACAGAGCCAAAACCGUGCGCUGGCCUGGCCGGGACAGGGCCCAGCAGGAGAGCUGGCCUUGAGAGGAGCCGCCGGGCCGGCUGGCCAGGACUCAGGGCCGCAGGCAGCUCCCAGCAGCUCCACAGCCCUCUGCAAAGGCAGCCCUCGUCUUAAAGCAGAUCACUUUCCUUUGUUGCAAAGGUGUAGAUACUUUUGUAUAUUUGUAUGGAACUUUGAAAAGGCAAAAACCUCUGUAUAUUUUGCAUUUGUACUGACUCUGUCCAUACUGGGAGAUCCGUGGGAUGAUCUCUCCCUCUUUCUGACGUCAGGAAGAUUGCACAGCCAGCCUGGAGUCUGGCACGCAUCCAGCAACUGGUGUCCCAGCAAAGCAGAGGGGGGUAGUGUGUAGGGAGUGCUGCUGGACAGAGGUUCCGGUGCUGCUUCCAGCCCAGAGGCAGGAGCCCGUGGGCAUCACACGUGGCCGCCUGGAUGCGCAGCACAUGUGCAUUUGCGAUGCCUGCCCUCAGCUCCCAUCUGCCUGGACGGGUGUGGCUCCAAGACAGGGCCAUCUGGGGCUGGACCGGACUCGGGAGCUCUGCUGAGCGUGGGAUGCAGGUGCACACGGCCGCGACCGACACACUGGUCAUCCCCUGCCCCCUUCGCUGGGGUGGGCCCCACUCUGAGCCCCGCAGGGCCUCCCUGGCCCCCUUCCCGGUCAGCGGUACUGCAGGUGGGGAAUUCCUUUGUCCCUCUGCGCCUGUUCUCGGCGGGAGUGUAAAAUGUUCACACGUUCCCGAUUCAGACGGAGGUAUGAGGUCUUCCAGGAUGUCACAUUCCUUCCUGCCAAUUUUCUAGCUCUUUUAGACUCCGAGGAGCUCCAGGCAGGCGGGGGUCUCACCCCCAGAGUCUGACCAAUUACUUCAUUUUGCUUCAAAUGGCCAAUUGUGAGAAGGGACAAAGCCUCAGCCACACUGUUCAAUGGUUACCAAGCUGUUUUUUGGAAACUCACACCAAGGACCGGCUGUGACUGUCCCUCUGUGGGCAGUCGGCACAGCGUGGCCUGAGGGGCUGUGGAACGGGGCCCAGAAUUAUUCAGACACGUCUUAUUUCAGUGUUUCUUUUGUUCCUCAGUCGGAUGCCCAAAUAAAUGGUCAGCACAGCUGCCUCCAAAUACGAGAAACCAUAAAAUAUGAUGAAAAUCAAGUAAAAUGCAAAGAUGUCCAUACUGUAUUAUUUUGAUGAAAAUGCGAGUAUUGUUAAUGGCUGAGAGGAAAACAUACCUGAUACUCAGGUCUAAGACCACAGGCUUCAUACAAAAAUGAAAUGCGAUCCCAAAGCCCUCACACUUGAAUGAAUUAUAAAUGUGCCUUAGCAGGGGAGUGGCCUUUUCAAGAUACAAAAUAAUAGUACCUUCAAAUGUUUACCAUUGAGGAGACAUUUUCUAAGUAAAAAAAAAAAGUGGAAAUAUUUUUGAGUCUGAACACUUCACUUUCGUAUUAUCCCAUAUUCUUCUGCAACUGGAUUUUGUCCCUUGAGAUGUAUUUAGUUUUUUCAUUUGAUCAGAACUGUUACCAAAAAAACAACUGUCAGUUUUAUUAAGACAGGAAAAAUGUAAACCUAUUUUUGUGACUUAAGACUUUAUGAGAGAUACUAGACACUGGAGGUUUUUUUUUUAAACAAAUGUGUAUUUAUUAAUGUUCAGAACACUGGAAUUGCAACACAAAUGAGGAAAGAGUCUACAAUAAAUUAAGAUUUUUUUGA